GCGCUGAAGCACUGAUGAACUGCGCAAGCGUCAGGCUGAUGACAUCCCCGAGUAUCACGCAUGCGCGCAGCACACGAGGCCUUGAAAAUGUCGGUUGCAGGUUAAAAACGAGAAGGAAUUUGUCGCCGGGGAUCUCAAACAGAAAACGCCAGUUUUGCUGUCUCUGUCUGGAUAUUUAAGAAGUGGAGCGAGGGAUUCAAUCGACUAUCCUUCCUGCUCAGACUGUGGAGAGGGAUUCAAUUGAUCAUUUGACCAAAUAGCAAGCCAGUCAUCUUACACAGGAGAAAGGCUGUUCACCUUCUCAGACAGUGGGAAUAGAUUCACUCAAUUAUCACAAUUGAAGGUACAUCAGCAAGUUCACACUGGGCAAGGCCAUUCAUCUGUUCUGUGUGUGAGAAAGGAUUCAGUUGGACCUGUGGACACACCAGUCAGUUCACACCACACCUGGUAGAGGCUGGUGAUCUGCUGAAUUUCUGGGAAAAGAUUCACUCAGUCAUUUGACCUUAUGGCUCACCAGCGAGUUCACACUGGGGAGAAGCCAUUCACCUGUUCAGUCUGUGGAAAGGGAUUCACUCAGUCAUCCAACCUACGGAGUCCCCAGCGAGUUCACACUGGGGAGAGGCCGUUCACCUGUUCAGAAUGUGAGAAGAGAUUCACUCAGUCAUCCAACCUACGGAGUCCCCAGCGAGUUCACACUGGAGAGAGGCGCUUCACCUGCUCAGUCUGUGGGAAGAGAUUCACUCGGUCAUCCAACCUACUGGUACAUCAGCGAGUUCACACUGGGGAGAAGCCAUUCACCUGCUCAGAAUGUGGGAAAGGAUUCAGUGAGUUAUCCAACCUACUGGUACAUCAGCGAGUUCACUCUGGGGAGAAGCCAUUCACCUGCUCAGUCUGUGCGAAGGGAUUCACUCGGUCAUCUAGCCUACAGAAUCAUCAGCGAGUUCACACUGGGGAGAAGCCAUUCACAUGCUCAGAAUGUGGUAAAGGAUUCAGUGAGUUAUCCAACCUACUGGUACAUCAGCGAGUUCAUACUGGGGAGAAGCCAUUCACCUGCUCAGAAUGUGGGAAAGGAUUCAGUGCUUUAUCCAGCCAACUGAGACAUCAGCGAGUUCACACUGGGCAGAAACCGUUCACCUGUUCAGAAUGCGGGAAGAGAUUCACUCAGUCAUCCCACCUGCAGAGUCAUCUGCCAGUUCACACUGGAGAGAAGCCAUUCCCCUGCUCAGAAUGUGGGAAGAGGUUCAGUCACUCACGCUCCCUGCAGAGACACCAGUCAGUUCACACUGGGGAGAAGCCGUUCAUCUGCUUAGUCUGUGGGAAGAGAUUCACUGAGUCAUCCAGAUUACUGGUACAUCAGCGAGUUCACACUGGGGAGAAGCCGUUCAUCUGCUUAGUCUGUGGGAAGAGAUUCAAUAACUCAUCCAGAUUGCUGGAACAUCAGCGAGCUCACACUGGAGAGAGGCCAUUCACCUGCUCAGAAUGUGGGAAGAGAUUCACUCACUCUUCCACACUACAGAGACAUCAGCAAGUUCACACUGGAGAGGAGCCAUUUACCUGCUGAGAAUGUGGGAUAGGAUUCACUCAGUCAUUCCAACUACUGGCACACCAGUCAGUUGUUAUGAAUCCCUAGGUUUUGUUUGCUGUGGACUGUCAUUUUAAGAGAGAGAGAUUAGGAAGUUUAAUCAGUCUGACUUGCAGCUUGUUUACAUCACUCACAGCUUGUUUAGUUUUAACUGAGGACACAGACACUCAGAGUCAGACGGAGAUGAAGGAGGAAAAAUGGAAAGAUCGAUACAAGGGAAAUAGGUGCCAAGGGUCACUGUUUGGAAUUUUCCUAUGCCCGCAAGUAUGGGUUAAUUAUCGAUUCAUCAUACAUCGUCUGUGUGGUUGUCACCUCGUUUGAUCCAUAGGAGUGGAUCUGAUUUGGGGUAUCAUGUGAAGACCACCGAUGUGUUAACCCUUGCCUGGGUGUGGUGUGGUAAUUCACUUGAAGAUGAUACGCCUUGUGACAAGUCACUUUGGGUGAUAAUUAUUAUGUGGAUUUGGAAGGAUGACAGAUAAUAUCUACAGUGACUGUUCUCUUGUUUUACCACCAUGGAACCUGUGGAAUUCGACAUAAUUGCCUUCUCUCGACAUUUACCCUGGAUUACAUAUAUCUCUCUCAUCACCUAUUCUGUGGUUGAACUGAACUUUCAUACUUUACCAUCUCAAGACUCCAAGCCUUGUUCUCCCCAAGCUCAAUAGUUUUGGAUUUAUAUUUACGCACAUGUAUACACAUAACACUGUUAACUUUUGUUUAUCUUGCUUAAGUUACUAUAUUAUAAGUCGAUUCUAAUAAAGAUAGUUUUAAGAUCAAAAACAGACUCCUGGUGUAGUCUCCACGAGGAAAUCUGCAGAUGCUUGGAAGUCAAACACACACAAAAUGCUG